GGAAAAUGUCUUUAACGAGCUUCUUACCGGCACCGACCCAGCUGUCGCAGGACCAGCUGGAGGCAGAGGAGAGGCUCCGGGCCCAGAAGUCCUACUCCACCGCCUUGGUCUCGUCCCGCAGAGAGCCUCCUCCGUACGGUCACAGAAAAGGCUGGGUGCCACGCACACUAGAGGACUUUGGAGAUGGAGGAGCUUUCCCAGAGAUCCAUGUGGCUCAGUUUCCUCUGGAGAUGGGCAGGAAGAAGAAGACGUCCAACGCUCUGGCAGUGCAAGUGGAUGCAGAGGGAAAGAUCAAAUAUGAUGCCAUCGCCAGACAAGGACAGGGCAAAGAUAAGGUGAUAUUCAGUAAGUACACAGACCUGCUUCCAAAGGAGGUUCUAAAUGAAGACACACCAGAGCUACAGAGGCCUGAUGAGGAGGCUGUGCGAGAGCUGACAGAUAAAACCCGUGCUGCCCUGGACAAGCAGGUGUCUCAGAAGAUCGCCGCUGCAAUGCCCGUCAGAGCGGCAGACAAACAAGCCCCUGCACAGUACAUCAGAUACACCCCGUCCCAGCAGGGAGUGGCUUUUAACUCAGGGGCCAAACAGAGAGUGAUCCGCAUGGUGGAAAUGCAGAAAGACCCCAUGGAGCCUCCACGUUUUAAAAUCAACAAAAAGAUCCCCCGAGGACCUCCUUCUCCCCCAGCUCCUGUCAUGCAUUCUCCAAGCAGAAAGAUGACUGUGAAGGAGCAGCAGGAGUGGAAGAUUCCUCCAUGUAUCUCCAACUGGAAGAACGCUAAGGGCUACACCAUUCCUCUCGACAAACGUCUCGCUGCUGAUGGCAGAGGUCUGCAAACUGUUCACAUCAAUGAGAACUUUGCCAAACUGGCUGAAGCCCUGUAUAUCGCUGACAGAAAGGCCAGAGAGGCGGUGGAGAUGCGAGCCCAGGUGGAGAAGAAGAUGGCUCAGAAGGAGAAGGAAAAGAAGGAGGAGAAGCUCAGGGAGCUGGCUCAAAUGGCUCGAGACCGCAGGGCAGGGAUCAAAACCCACGACGACAAAGGUGGCGAGGACAGCGAGGCCAGGGAGCGUGAUGAGAUCCGCCAGGGCAGAAGGAAAGAGAGACAGCACGACAAGAACAUUUCCCGGGCUGCUCCUGAUAAGAGAUCGAAACUGCAGAGAGAUCAGGACAGAGACAUCAGUGAGCUCAUCGCUCUGGGCAAACCAAACCCUCGUUCCUCCAGCGAGGCUCAGUACGACCAGCGACUCUUCAACAUGAGCAAGGGUAUGGACAGUGGUUUUGCAGGCGGUGAAGACGAGACGUACAACGUUUACGACCAGCCGUUCCGUGGCGGCAGAGACAUGGCCUCCAACAUCUACAGGCCCAGCAAGAACAUCGACAAAGACGCCUACACAGAUGACUUUGAAACGCUCAUGCGUGAAAACAGAUUUGCUCCAGAUAAGGAGUUCUCAGGCGCUGACCACACACAGAGAAGGGAAGGACCGGUCCAGUUUGAGGAGGAUCCCUUCGGUCUGGACAAGUUCUUGGAGCAGGCCAAGCAGCACGGCGGCUCCAAGAGACCUUCCACCAGCAACCGCUCCAAGGACGACUACCACGACAAGAAACGCAGGAAGGAGUAGGAGUCUGAACAGAUCAGGAAACGGUGAAUUAAAAGACGAGGUGGAGGUUUCUUCACCUCCUCCGUGGUUGAGGAAAGAAAGUGCGAGAUUGUUUGAAUUCUCUUUUUUUCCUCCUAUUUUCACAAUUGUCAUUGACUCUACUUUAUGAAGCAUUCAGUGUCAGGCUAAAUAUGACAUGUUAAUGUAACACGAGCAAAGCUGAAAUGAGAAUUGUGUGACAUCUGCAUCUGAUAUAUUACUCUGUACAGCGCAGCCGAUGUCCUAUCAGAUGUGGCUGCUAAUAUUUGGUGAUAUUUAGGCCCUGGAAUUAUGUAGACUUUAGUUACCGUGUUUUUUUUUAAUUUUUUACAUGUAACAUUAAAUAUUUACAGACUAAACUCAACAGAACCCGAGCAAAAUGUGUUCAGUAUUUACCUUUUUCUCAUCUGUGACCCACAUCCCCCCGUUGUUUCUUCUUUUUUGUUAGCUAUGUUUUAUUUAAGGCCCUGGUGUAUUUGUGAGCCCAGUCUGUGUUUGAUAGCAGAUAUGUACAGCAGUAUAUCUAGAAGGUGUAAAGCAAAGCAGCUUUAUAAUUCUCCUACAUUACUACCAAUGGAAUAAAUUUCAUAUAGUGUGUAA